AACUGAACAGAACCCAUCAUGUGUGACUUGUAAUUUAAGAUUAUCUAUUAUUCCUCGUGACUGCCUGAAACAGCGGGGAAUCAUCCGCCUGUGUUUGCUGUUGGGCGGGUCAUGACACCCCAGCGGUGGGUGUAUCUCCGUAAGCUCCUCUCUGGUUUCCCCUCCUUCCCUUCUUCCUUCAGCAGUUGUCGCCCACGUGUGUUCAGUUCCAGUCAGUCUGCUGCCGACAACAUGGCAGAAGAGGCGAAGAAACUAGCAGCCUACUCUGCAGUGGAUAACAACGUUCAGAACAAUCAUGUGGUUGGAGUGGGCAGCGGGUCAACCGUCGUGUACGCUGUGGACAGGUUAGCCGAGAGAGUUCGCCAGGAAAAACUGAACAUCGUGUGUGUGCCCACCUCCUUCCAGGCCCGACAGCUGAUUUUGAAGCACGGCCUCAUGCUGUCAGAUCUGGAGAGACACCCUGAGCUGGACGUGGCGAUUGACGGCGCAGAUGAAGUAGACUCAGAGCUGACGCUGAUAAAAGGUGGUGGCGGCUGUCUUACCCAGGAGAAGAUUGUCGCCGGCUGCUCUAAAUUUUUCGUGGUCAUCGCUGACUACAGAAAGGACUCUGAUGCUCUCGGUCAGCAGUGGAAGAAAGGCGUUCCCAUCGAGGUUAUUCCCAUGGCGUAUGUCCCCGUCUCCAUGACGAUAGCCAAACACUUUGGAGGCGAAGUUAGUUUAAGGAUGGCAGUCAGUAAAGCAGGUCCUGUCGUCACUGAUAACAGCAACUUUAUUUUGGACUGGAAGUUUGAGCAUACCCAUAACUGGAAGGAGGUCAACACUGCAAUCAAGAUGAUUCCUGGUGUGGUGGAGACAGGGCUCUUUGUCAACAUGGCUCAGCAAGCGUACUUUGGGAUGGAAGAUGGCAGCGUGAAAGUUCGGAAGGCUCCCGUCAACUGAUGAGUCCCCUCGCUCGAUCCUCCUUUCACCGAUAAAAUUUCAGCCACAAGUGCCAGGAUCACAACCCAACCCCUGACUCUGGAAAAGGCUAAAGGCAGACUGCUUUCCUUGCAAAAGAAGUUUCCAAACUUGGUACAUUCAGAUGGGUGGUGCCUCUGAUCUUUUUAUUUUCUAAGUGCCUGAUGAGGAAAAUCCUACACCUGCAGAUCAGAUGUAGUUAUUGACAGAAUAGCUGCAGAAAUUUACAGAAUAAAUAAAGAUGUGCCUUUUGAAAUAUUAAAUCAGAAACCCAUAAAUGCAUGUUUAGUGUGUAACACUAAUUA